CAGCAGAGAGGAAGUGGGUCUACAACAGACCCACGUUUGGAAAGUCUGUUUAAUAAUAUGAUCCUUUAAGAUAUUUUGUCUCAAUACAAUUGAAAGCAAUGCUAGUGUAUAAAAUUAGAACCGCGUUGCUAAGAGUGCAGGAAAAUUAGACAGGUGUCAAAUACUGUAGCUAGCUAGAUACAUUUGAUAUUGUAUUGUAUUGUGAUCACUUUGAGAAAGUGUCCACCUAUCAUACUUUUUCAAAACCAAAACUUGGCACGGCAUUGGUCCUUGUCCACCUUCAUGGCCUAUGGCUAUGUUAUGCACCCCCUUAUAAUUACCAGUGACUAUAGAACAAUCACAUUUAUUCGUUUUUAACAGUGGUUCAUCGACACAGAGGGUUUCAAACCUCCAAUCCUCCAAUUUUACCUAUUUGAUCCUAGAGAACUCCAGUAACCACAAUUCCUGCUACUGUUUACAUCCCAUUCGUGACGUCAUUCAAGAAGCGACAAGAUAACCACUGACAACUUUCUAACUGAAGACAGAUUUAUAAUUAUGGCUUUCACUUGAGUUUAGUUCUCAAUAAAUACUUUUGCGCGAUAUUGAUUGCUCGAUCAUAUGCGUGUGAAUGCUCAUCUUGCGAUUGGAGACCAGCAAUAACGUGUUAUUUCAAAUUUCGCGCUGUACAGACCGCCAGACGAUAGGCUGGUAUUCAGGCUAGCUAAUCAACAGUGAAUUAGUUACCACUGCUAACUCGCUAGCUACCUAGAUCCAAACGUAUCAUAUCCCCAAUUCUGCUCAUCAAAAAAAAUGCAAACGACCGACAUUGGAAACAAGGAGGAGGGAAAAGUAUGGCAUCGAAAACCAACACCAAGUAAUACUGGUGUCAUGGUCACAGUGAUUCGCAGUGCAGCUGCCUACCAGUCCAAAACAGUCCGCUUCCUUCAUGUCACCUUCGACACCACAGGAGACUCUUUCCUGGCUGGAGAUCACCAUGGGAAUAUUUAUGUCUUAGACAUCACCAGAAACAGGUUUAGACUUGUCCAGAAAACCGGUCAAGCAUGCACUGCCUUGGCCUUCAACUUGCGCAGAACAACGGAAUUCUUGGUUGCUCUUGCAGACUACUCCAUCAAGUGCUUUGACAAAGAUACGAAGCAGCUGGUGAGCUGGAUGCGGGGUCACGAGGGGGCGGUAUCCUCCGUGUCGGUCCAUGGCUCUGGCCGCUACGCCAUCAGUACAUCAGCUGACACGGCUCAGCUCUGGGACCUGGACACCUUCCAGAGGAAGAGGAAACUCAAUGUCCGCCAGUCUGUCGGCAUACAGAGGGUGUUCUUUCUUCCUCUGGGGAACACCAUCCUCAGCUGUUUCAACGAUGACUCCAUCUUUGCCUGGGAGAGUGACACGUUGUUCUGCAAAUACCAGCUGCCUGUUCCUGAUGAGGGACCCAGGAUACACUACAAGGCAUUUGCUGUCACACGUGAUGGGAAGAUUCUGGCUGCAGGGGGCAGAUCCAACCUUCUCCAUCUGUGGUGUUUGGACACCAGGCAGCUGCUUAGAGUGGUCCAGAUGCCUCCCAAGGUCCGCACUGUCAGACAGCUGGAGUUCCUACCAGACAGCUUCGAUGGUGGGGCCAGCCAGACUCUUGGGGUGCUGAGUCAGGAUGGUGUGAUGCGUUUCAUCAACAUCCAGACCUGCAAGCUGCUCUUCAACAUCGGAUCCCAUGAUGACGCCAUCACCUCAGCCACCGUCAGUCCCAACGGACGCCAUAUUGUCACGAUAAUGGACGACGGCAGCCUAAACAUCUACAGUGUUCAGUGUCUGACCCAGGACUACAACAAGCCUCCUCCGUCCCUGGUCAAAGUGGUGUCUGGUGGAGAGUGUUCCGCUCUGACAAUGAAGGUGAAGUCAGAAGGGGUCCAGCGGCCGGCCAAAAACCCUGGUCGACGGGUCAAGACCAAAGUCCUGAGGCCUCCAGCUGUCCCCAUGACAGAGGAUAAAGAGAAUGAACUGCCUGACGGUCUAAACAAGAAGAGACUUGUGACGUUACUGAAGGCAUUUGGAGAAUAUCCAGCUAAAUACAGGAUGUUUGUGUGGAGGUCCCUCCUGCGUCUACCAGAGAACCACGCAGCUUUCAGCAGUCUGACCGAUAAAGGCCUGCACUCUGCCUACCUCAGCAUCCAGGAGCGAUACCCCAUCAAGAGCCACAAACUGCAGCGGGGUCUUCAACGAGUGUUGUCUGCACUAGCCCACUGGGCGGCCAUCUUUGGAGAGACAGACUACCUCCCUCUGAUGGCGUUUCCCUUCGUCAAGCUCUUCCAAAAUAACCCACUGCUCUGUUUUGAAGUGGUCGCCACCACCAUAGUGAACUGGUGCCAGCACUGGUUUGAAUACUUCCCCAACCCUCCUCUCAACGUACUGAGCAUGGCAGAGAAUGUUCUGGCUCACCAUGACAAGGAACUGCUGCAGCACCUCAUCGACUGUGGAGUCACCUCUCAGCUGUAUGUGUGGCCCCUGUUAGAGACUCUGUUCUCUGAGGUGCUGACCAGAGAUGAGUGGCUCAAACUGUUUGACAACGUCUUCUCUAACCAUCCUGCCUUCUUAUUGGUAUCUGUGGUCUCAUAUGUCACCUGCUGCCGUGCCCCACUACUGCUCUGCAGCCACAAAGAGGACUUUGAGUAUUUCUUCCACCACCGUAACAACCUGGAUGUCAGCUCCGUGAUAAAGGAGACCUACAGGCUGAUGGAGAGCACCCCAGCAGACAUCCACCCCAGGAACAUGCUGGAUGACUUUCAGCCUCUGACCAGGGGACAGUACCCGGUCUUCAACAAGUACCCCACCUACAUAGUGGAGUACCAGUCUCAGGAGAGAGAGAGGAUACGCCAACAGGAAGUGGACUACCUCAGAGAGAGGCAGGCGGUGCAGGAGCUGCGUGCGAAGGCUGUUCAGAGGCAGGCUGAGGACGAGGCAUGGUACACCCAGCAGGAGAUACUGCAGCAGGCUGAGGAGAAACGCAGGGACAUCCUACAGCAGGAGGAGAGCAAGCUGGCUGAACAGAGAACCAGGUUAACAGCCAUGAAGCGUGAGUUGAAGGUGAAGGAGCUCCAGCUGAUGGAUGCUGCUAGGAGACGCUUCCUGCAACAGCAGCAGGACCAGAGACUGACUGAACUACACAGACUGGACGAGCAGAUACAGAGGAAGAUGAACACCAGAGACCAGGAGACGGCAGCAGCAGUACAGGAUAUACAAGUCAGACAGAUGGAGCUGGAAGCACAGAGACGGCUGUUUGAACAGCAACUGGCCAAGGAGCAGGUGCGUGUGACUCAGGAGGUCAGAGCAGAGGUGGAUACCAGGAGACACAGGUCAGAGGUCGAGGAGACCACCUUCCAACACCUCCUUAACAACGACACUGACGUCAGCCUGGGAACCAAGAAGGUUCUAGAGGAGUGUUUAGCUGAAGCAGGCCAGCUGGGAGUGGACACCGAGUGGCAGGCUGAGGUGAUGAGGCGUCUAGACCAGGAGGAUGCAGCCCGGGACAGACACUACCACCAUCUGGCUGGACUACACAGAGAGACCCUCACCAAGGAGCAGCAGCUAGUUAACAUCAUGGAGGACGUAGAGGGACAGAGGUGGGAGGAGGUGGUGUCUCAGAAGGCCCAGCUAGAGGAGCAGAGGCAGGCUGCAGCCACAGCCGAGGCCAACAGGAGAGUCUUCCUCAGCCAGGAGGAAGAGGAGAACGAGCAGCACAGAGACAACCUCCGCAGGAGCCAGGACCACUCACUCAGUGAGCCCAGCACCAUAGAAAUAUGUUGUGGAGAGAAUAGGCAGUCAGGUCCUCUAUACAUUAUAUAUUUAUCUGCAGUAUGCUGAGCAUUCUACCCCACCACCCACACUACUACAUUUACAGUCCUGUCACCUAAGGUUUCAGUGUUCCUCUAAGCUAAUAGUUGAUGUUGAAGGUUUCAGUGUUCCUCUAAGCUAAUAGUUGAUGUUGAAGGUUACAGUGUUCCUCUAAGCUAAUAGUUGAUGUUGAAGGUUACAGUGUUCCUCUAAGCUAAUAGUUGAUGUUGAAGGUUUCAGUGUUCCUCUAAGCUAAUAGUUGAUGUUGAAGGUUUGUGUUCCUCUAAGCUAAUAGUUGAUGUUGAAGGUUACAGUGUUCCUCUAAGCUAAUAGUAGAUGUUGAAGGUUUCAGUGUUCCUCUAAGCUAAUAGUAGAUGUUGAAGGUUUCAGUGUUCCUCUAAGCUAAUAGUUGAUGUUGAAGGUUACAGUGUUCCUCUAAGCUAAUAGUAGAUGUUGAAGGUUUCAGUGUUCCUCUAAGCUAAUAGUUGAUGUUGAAGGUUUCAGUGUUCCUCUAAGCUAAUAGUUGAUGUUGAAGGUUACAGUGUUCCUCUAAGCUAAUAGUAGAUGUUGAAGGUUUCAGUGUUCCUCUAAGCUAAUAGUUGAUGUUGAAGGUUUCAGUGUUCCUCUAAGCUAAUAGUUGAUGUUGAAGGUUACAGUGUUCCUCUAAGCUAAUAGUAGAUGUUGAAGGUUACAGUGUUCCUCUAAGCUAAUAGUAGAUGUUGAAGGUUACAGUGUUCCUCUAAGCUAAUAGUAGAUGUUGAAGGUUUCAGUGUUCCUCUAAGCUAAUAGUUGAAGGUUUCAGUGUUCCUCUAAGCUAACAGUUGAUGUUGAAGGUUAGUGUUCCUCCAACGGCUGGCAGUGUAUGGGGUGUUGGUGACUAAUACAGUAUGUUUUGGCAGGUCAACAGUGGGAGAUGAGAGCCAGGUCUCCGUGCUCCACUAGUGGCCUGCUUCACAAUCCUGUUGCUGGUCCUCAUCAGUCUCAACAACGUCACAGUCCCAACAACAUCUGUCUAAACAACCAGUCCACCUCAGACGACUCCACUUGCUUCUCUCUGGACCGGGGUCGAGGGGAGCUGGACUGCAGAGAGAGGGAGUUGAUGCAGAACAUCAGAGAGCUGCGGCAGAAAAUGGCGGCCCGCGCCAAAAACUCCAACUCUACCGUCUCCCAGUAACCACGACGACACACAAACACACCUGCUGUGCCUUUUUUGUUUUGCAUAUCUCGACUUGAAAAGGAAACUGAAAUGGUUUGUGGUUUUCUGCUCGUUUGAAAGAAGAUGCUGAUAUUAUUUGCCUUAACAAACAGCUGUCCUCUAACCACAACCCUGGUGUUGACUAGUUAAAGAGGGAUUCAAUGAAACCAUUCCAUGGUCUUAAUGAGAUUUGUAGCACAACCGUCUCCUGUGUAUAUUUUGUUAUUUAAGUUGUUUUUAAGUAUUGUUGUAUCAACUCUGAGUCAUUUUAUCUCUGCCUUGUUGACUAGUUUCAGUCUUUGACAGACUAUACUCAUCAGUCGUGCUCUGGUCUGAUGGUGACUUAUGACUUGCUAACCUCAGCAUAGGUAUCCAGGUCAUUCACCUUUUAAUAAAGCCUUAGCAAAUCAAA